AUGUGUCGUCAACCACCACCACAACAACCGAUUGAUUGUUGCUACUUUGCCAACGGAAUCUGUUCGAAAGGCACCGCCUGUACAUUCAUCCACGACGCUGCGACGAGAAACGAGAACAUUUGUCAGUUCAAUUUGGUUGUAAAAUGUUCAUUCGGUCAAGCGUGUCGUUUCCUCCAUACCCGUCCGAAAAAUGACGAAUGCCCAUCAACGUCUUCUCCCUCUUCUUCGUCUUCUUCCAAAUCUAAACUCACAGCUACAGUAAUCACUCCUCGAGUUCGUCCCAUUCAAUUGGCUCAACCGGGGCUCAAUAUCGAUGCGACUGAAUUCGUACCGAGUUGGAUGAAGAAAUCUGAGAAAUCUGUGGGGAAUGCAUUUCUAGUAAAAAGUCUCCUGAAAUUACACCCAAUCUACGCCGCCGCCGCCUCCUUCCGUAUCCUGACGUCAUCUGAAGGCAGCACGUCAUCACCCGGCGGCGCGACGUCUUCAUCGAAUUCUCCGUUGACUGCGGACGCUCAAAUGUGUCCGUAUCACUUGAAAAACGGUGAUUGCAAUCGAAAAGAUUUCGCCUGUCCAUUCGCACACGGAGAUCUAUGCGAUAUGUGUCAUCAGUGGUGUCUUCAUCCGACUAAUCAAGAAUUGAGGAAAUUACAUCAAAAUGGCUACUCGUCGUACGGAAUGAUGUCAGCAACCGGAGCAAUUCCACCACAAUCAUCACAGGCUCCGUACGGUGGAUACUACUAG